CUUCCUUGACCCCGCCGCGGAGUUUCGGGAGGCCAUGGAGCGGCACGGCCCCACUCGUGCGCUGCCCGAGGAGAUUCGAAAGAUGUCCCGGGAUGAGACAGUGUGUAAAUACUGCGGAGUCAGCUAUUUGGUACUCCAUGAAUUUAAGGUGAUGGAAGAAAAAGUAAAAGCGAUGGAAAAGGAGAUUAAAUUUUAUGAAGGAAGCAUAGAACGGGAAAAAGGACUUCAAGCAGAGCUGCAGUCUCUUUACCAAGGCCUUGAACACUACCGAGCUGACAGUGAAUCAAAAACAGAAAGAAUAAAAAACCUAACAGUGGAACUUAAAAACAGGCAAGAUGAAUUGAAAAAUGUGAAAGGAGACUUGCGGUAUUUCCAAGAGGAAAAGGAAGCUGCCUAUAAGCAAUCGCAGGCGCUCAGAAGCGAACUAGACAGUAUUAAAGAAGUCAUCUCCAGUAACCUGGAGAACUGGGCUGCCAUGAAAGAAGAAAUUUUUCUCCAAAUAAAAACCGUUAGCAAAGAAGCUUUGACAGCUUUUAGCCCGCGCUGGCGUACGCGCACCGUCCUCCGCGGCAGCGGUGUGAUGCCCUUUGGUGGCGCUGCUCGAGGGUCCGGCAAGGCUGCCCCCCGUGGCGUGGGCAGGCUGCGCCUCCCCACUCCACCAGCCUGCUGGCGCCCGCCUCGGGGUGCCUCGCGUGCGGGAGCCACCGCGGGCGAGCCAGCCCGCGCCCCGCGUGUGGCACCUACUCCCUCCUUCCGUUGCCGAAUACGACCGAGUGGUAUCGACAUACAGCUGCCUUUAUCUGCGGGGCCUUUGGGAUUGAAAGGGGCACGGAGCGGCCCAGGGGCUGAGGGUAAUUCCCUUGGCCCACAGCCUGCUUCCUGCUCAAACAAGGGCAGCCUUCAGGGAGAGGGGAAGCUGGGAGCGAGUCACAACCGCUGGCUUGUUUGUGAAGGUCGUGCCCAGCCCUCAGGCUGGCGGUCAGACUUGGGAGCUCCGAUUUAG